GUCGGCGUCAGCGCGCGACGUUUCGACGCGUGACGCUUCGACGCUCUUCGACGCGCUGAAAGGAGGCGUGGAGUCAGCCCCCGCCUCUCCGACCUCCUCCCGCAGCGGUGCCUUCCGCAGGCCUCGGCAGGCUCUUGCACGACUGGCGUCCCGUGGUCGACACAGCCAAGUCUCCACCGUCUCCACGCUGCGUUUCUUCGACGCGUCAUCUCCACGGCUCGAAGCAACGCCGGCACCACAGGAGCGUGAUUGGACGGUGAAGAUCGAGGCUUGGUCUUUGCCCAGCGUGCGAGGGAAGGGGCCGCCACUGCCGCCGAACGGCGCCCAAGUGGCGCAGAUCUUCCAACGGCAUUGGGAGCAGAUCCGCGCCGCCCGACCGACGGAGCGCUGUGCCACCGCGCCGCGCUCGCCGAUGGAGAAGGGCAGCGUGGGUCAGCCAAAGAUCAGGCCCAAGGUAUCGCCAAAGCGCGAGCGACGUUUGCCGGAGUUGACCUUCUUCGAAAAGCCACCGGAGCGCGAGGAGACGGACUUCCCUCGCCCCAGCGAGACCUUCGCGCGGCUGCUGAGCAACGAGGAGACCGCGAACUCUUCGCCGAGGAGUGAAGGCUUGGAGGCGCCGGUGUCCGUGCAGCGUGCCAUCUCGCGCACGCGCACGCUGACGCUGUCGCGGGCCAUCUCG